AUGGAGGACGUCGAUGUUGCCCCAGAAUCUCUCUUUCGCCCUGCGAAGCGGCGCAAGUUCAUUCGACGCCGACCAGAUGAAGACGCCGAAGAGACCAGUCGCGACACGACGACUGCGACUAGCACAACGGAUCCGAAGCAUACACCAGAGGGCCAGUCCAAGCUGAACGAAGAUGAUGACGAAUCUACACAAUCCACCGGUGUUGUCCGUUUGCGACGCCCCAAUCCUGCUCGAAAAGGAGGAAUUGGAUUCUCCGCCACAUCGCGACCCGGUCAAAAUUCAAACCGACAAUCUGCCUUAGUGUCAUCGAGGGAAUCCGAGAAAGAGAGCAUACGCGAUAUGACCGACAGAUUCACUGGGAAUGCCGGCCAGACGGUGGAUGUAGAUAGGCACAUGUACGACCCGACUUCCUCUGCCUUGCAGAUGGCCUUUAUAGAUUCCGAAAUGGCUAAACGAUACCGACACAGCCCGUUACCAGAGAAUGAAGAAAAACAACCAAUCUCGCAGCACUCCGAGAAACCAACAGCACCAGGACCAGGACAAGCACAAGCACAAUCAGAGCGUGAGCCCGCUUCCUUGGGCAGAUUACAUGAAAUCGACCUCGGACAAGAGGCCAAAUUGCGCAACAUCGAGCGCACUGAAGCAGCAACACGAGGAUUCGGCUCUGGAGAAUCACAAACAGACCGCGAUCGGCCCGGUCAAGCAGAAGACUCUGGCAAGUCAAGGCGAAAUCGCAGACGUACCAGCGCCGAUAUUGAACGAGACCGACUUGUGGAGGAAGUGUUACGUGAGAGCAAACUGGACGUCUACGACGAACCCGAAGACGAACCAAAUCUCGACGACCAAGAAGCCGACGACCGAAUCGCAGAGCAAUUCCGGCGCGACUUUAUGGAUGCGAUUCAGUCGAGACGUCGGGCUCGUACGAACACAAAGCCAGCGACUACCAGCGGCGGUAGUGGUAGCAAGGUUGAACCGCCUAAGGGACCGAAGCUUGGGGGUAGUCGGAGUGCCAGAGCUGCGAUGCGUGAAAUGCAGAGUAAAAAGUGA